GUGUCCAAUCAGAUUUCAGUAUUUAGAAGUAAUCAGCACUGGCAAGGUAACGCAGCACUGGCAAUCGACAAAGAGGCAUGGCGUCCGAGGAAUUUGUUACUAAAAUAAACACAGGGCAGCAGGCACGGCAGUAGAGGCGAUGCAUGUGACAAUGUAAGGAGAUGAAAAGUAGAGUAGGCACCACUAGCUUGUUCCCUUCUCAAUCAUCUGCUUCCGCUCUCCUCUCGCCACUACGCUCUACUUCGCCGAUGAGGCCGCCGGACGGCAGCUCUUCGUCGUCCGGGCCGCACGGCAAGCAUGAGCUGCAGCCGGAGGUGGUUCUCUACACGGCGUCUGCGUCGGCGUCGCGCCGCAGAGGGCAAACCUCGGCCGACCGCUGCUACGCCUUGCGCGCCCUGCUGCGUGGCUACGGCCUGACCAUGGACGAGCGCGACGUCUCCACCAGCAGAGCACACCACAGCGAGCUCAAGUCGUUGCUUGCGGCUCGGGGGUGCGCCUUCUCCCUGCCGCAGCUCCUCGUGGGUGGACGGCCCGUGGGCGGCCCUGACCAUGUGAGGAAGCUGCACCAGACCGGCGGGCUGCGGCACCUCCUCGACGCCGCCCCAAGGCCGUGCCGCGCCUUCGUGUGCCAAGCCUGUAAGAGGGUGGGAUCCGCGCCCUGCCCAAAGUGCAGCCAGGCCCGCAACAAGAUGCUGGAUCAUGGCGUUAUGGAGGAGGAGCAGGAGGAGGAGAGGGUCGUCCUUUUUUAUCCAACCCAAGAUGUUUCAAUGGAAGGCACACGUGGAGAGGUGGAGGCCCCCUUCAGUGUUUCACUGGGCGCCAUUGGACCCAUUCUUAACAAGCUCGACAUGAUGCUAGGUCCUCAAGGAUGCAAGCUGCCCAAGGGGCUCCAUGACAGAUUUCACCUGCUAAAAGAUAAUGUUGAAGAAAUAAGUGCAUACCUUGAAGAUCUGUUAGAGGUGGAGGACCCUCCCAUGGCGGUGAAGUGUUGGAUGAAAGAGGCACAAGAGUUAUCCUAUGACAUCCUUGAUUAUAUUGACAGCCGUGUAUCCCUUGAGCUUCUGGAAUGCAGAUCUGUCCGCAAGAUGGGUCUUAUUAAGAUUGCCAAGAAGCUCAAGUGGCAGAAACAAAUUGAGUAUGCAGCUCCUCAUGUGCCAGAACAUGUUAUCCCCAAAACCAUUUGUGUUGAUGUCAUUCGUGCUCCCAGGAGGCUCAAGUGGUACCAGCAGAUGAUUGAAAAGGUAUCAGAAUUCAGGAUCUAUGCCCUGGAGGCUAUUCAACGGUAUGAGAGGUACCAAGUCCUUUGUUGUAGUACCUCGACGGCAUGUAGAUUUUCUGCCAUUGGGCCUUUAAUGCCAAUGCCUCCACCGCCUUGUGAGAAAACUUGUUCUGGCCUAGUAAUUGAUGGUCGGAUGAGCAAGCUUAUCAACUCACAGCUGGCUAAUGAUGAGAAUGAGCAGCUCAAGGUGGUGUCUAUUCAUGGAUCUGGAUGUCUUGGUAAAACAAUGCUUGCCAAAGUGUUGUAUAAUAAAAUUGGGAGAAAAUUCGAUUGCCGAGCUUUCAUCCAGGUGUCCAAAAAGCCUGAUAUAAAGAAGCUUUUGAAUGACAUGCUAUCACAAAUCCAUAGGAAGCAGCCCCAAGCAAGCCAAAAGGCUUCUGAUGAACUUCGCAUAACUGCUGACAAUAUCAGGAAUUAUCUACAUGGGAAGAGGUAUCUAAUUAUUGUUGAUGAUUUAUGGGAUACAUCGGCAUGGGACGUUAUUAAUCAGGUUUUCCCCAAGGGUAGUCAAGGUAGCAGAAUAAUAACAACUACACAGAUUGAAGAUGUUGCAUUAGCAUGUAGCUGCGAUCACCCAGAACAAGUUUUUGAGAUGAAACCUUUGGAUGAUGGUCACUCAAGGAAGCUAUUCUUUGGCAGGAUUUUUGGCUCUGAAAGUGACUGUCCUGAAGAAUUCAAACUAAUUUCGAGCCAACUUGUAGAAAUAUGUGCUGGAUUGCCACUAGCGACCAUCAGCAUAGCAAGUCUUUUAGCAAACCAGCCUUCUGUAUCAGUGGAUUUAUUGACACACAUACAUGAUUCAUUAGUGUCUUGUUUGUCAUCAAAUUCAACUUCAGAAAGAACGAGACAUGUACUGAACCUCAGCUACAACAACCUUCCUCAUUACCUCAAGACAUGCUUGCUCUAUUUUAGUAUGUAUCCAGUGGGAUCCAUAAUCUUCAAACUUGACCUGGCCAGGCAAUGGGUGGCCGAAGGGUUUAUUGCUGCAAGUGAAGGGCAAGACACAGAGGAAGUUGCAGGAAUGUAUUUCGAUGAACUUGUUGAUAGAAGAUUCAUCCAACCUGUGUCUAUCAACUUCAACAAUGAGGUGGUGUCCUGCACAGUUCAUGCCGUGGUGCAUGAUCUUAUUGUACACAAGUCUGCUGAAAAGAAUUUCCUUGUGGUAGUAGAUUGCAAUCGAAAAAAUUUGACGCUUUCUCAUAAGGUCCGUCGACUAUCUCUGCAACUUGGUGAUGCAAAAUGUGCCAAGAUACCAGCAAACAUCAGAAAGUCACAAGUACGGUCACUUGGAUUUUUUGGAUUGGCAGAGUGCAUGCCUUGUAUUGGAGAGUUCAAGCUUGUUCGUGUUCUCAACCUUCAGCUAUCCGGUCUUCGUCAUGGUAACAAAGACCUGUCCAUAGACCUCUCUAGAGUAUCAGAACUGUUCCAUCUGAGAUAUCUGAAGAUUGCUUGUGAUGUCUGCAUAAAACUUCCGAAGCGGAUGAGAGGGCUGCAGUGUUUGGAAACACUGGAUGUUAUGGAUACACCAAGAGGCACUUAUGUUCCAUGGGACAUUAUAUAUCUCCCACGCUUGUUGCACCUCAGUCUUCCUCCUCACACAAAUUUGCUGGAUUGGUCUGUCGGUGAUGAUAUGUGCCUUUGCAAGCCGAACCACCUGCAGGAUCUUUGCAUUUCGACACCGCCUUCUUCAGAUCCCGACCAACCGCAGAGAAGCAUGUAUGCUCUGGAUUAUUUAAUGUAUGAACAUGACAGCCUGAAAACUGUAAAACUGGUGGCUCACGGAUCCUCGGUUAGCUAUGGUGACGCUUCAGAAGCAAGAGUUUUGUGGUUCUUGGAUAGACCUAUCCAUCAUCUCCAGAGACUCGAGGUCUCACCACACAGCCCCGUCGUAUUUUGCGACAUGCAUAGGUGGAAUAUCCAACUUGGCAACCUAUGCAUUCUGAAGAUUGCAGUGGCUGGACUGUCAGUAAAUGACGUUGAUGUUCUUAGUGGGUUUCCUGCCCUCACUGCCCUGUCAUUGUAUGUGGACAAGUCACCUAAUGUUAAGAUAAUCUUUGGCACGGCUGCUGGAUUCACAGCUCUCAAGUACUUGAAGCUGAGGUUCAUGAGUGGAAUAGCUUGGCUAAGAUUUGAGGCGGACGCAAUGCCUAAUCUCUGGAAGCUCAGGCUUGUUUUCGACGCCAUCCCCCAAAUGGACCAACGACUUGAACUUUAUUCUAAGCGUGACCAGUGGAAGCAAUAUCGACAUGGUAAUGCAUUAAUCAGCAUCGAGCAUAUGACGGGCCUUAGAGAGGUCUCCGCUAAAUUUGGGGGUGCGGCUGCUGAUCUGCAGUAUGUCUCGAGGAUCGGUAUAGUUAGCAAUCAUCAGAGCAAUCCUAUAGUCGAGGUGAAAUUAGUGGAUUCCGGUUCCCAUGUCGAUAAAAGGAUAUCAUCGAGGUCACCAGAGUCCUCUUCACGCCUGAAUCCUCCAGGUGUAGAGGAGCAGCAAGCUGUGGUGUCGUGGAGCAAUACCAUUGAUGUGAUAGGUCGGGAGCUCUUCAUCCGUUGCCUCCACCUUGUGCCCAGGCGGGACUACGGCGCCUCCAUCGCCUCCCUCAACCGUGAAUUCAAUUCGGUGGUUCGCAACGGGGACAUCUACCGCCUUCGUCGGAAGAAUGGGGUCGCAGAGCACUGGCUCUACCUCUGCUGCGGUAAUAAUAAUAAUCCUCCAGAGUGGGACGCUUAUGAUCCGUCCACUGGGCGCUGGAUCCACGUGCCCAAGAUGCCACCGUCUGGAUCCUACUUCUGGGAUUCCCUCGCUGUAGGAACCGAGCUGCUGCUGUUUGGGGAGACAGGUGUUGCCUUGAGAUAUAGCAUCCUUACCAAUUCAUGGACAGGGCUGCCUGAUGCUGAUGCGAUCAACACCCCGCGCUACUUGUUUGGGGCAGCGAGUGGUGGUGAGAAGGCGUACGUCGCGGGAGGCCUUGAUUCUUCUCGUACUAAUGCAUUGAGCUCUGCAGAGAUGUAUGACUCGGAGACACAUACUUGGACACCCCUUCCCAGCAUGAAUAGGGCCAGGUACGGAUGCUCUGGCGCCUUCAUGGACGGCAAGUUCUAUGUGAUCGGUGGUGUUAGCAGUACCAGUAGCCGCGAGCCGUUGACUUGCGGUGAGGAGUAUGACUUGAACCUGCGGUCAUGGAGAGUCAUCGACAACAUGUCUCAGGGGCUCAACGAGACAGUCGAUGGAGCUCCUCCGCUCAUUGCGGUUGUGAACAACGAGCUUUAUGGUGCUGAUUACAGUGAGAAUAAUGAUUUGAAGCAGUAUGAUAAGCUGGACAACAAGUGGAUCACUCUUGGGAAAUUGCCUGUACAGUCGAAGAACAAAGAUGCCUUUGACAUGGGUUUCCGAGCGUGUGGUGACCGGCUGAUUGUUAUUGGGCGUCCAAACAAUUCUACUGAUGAAAAGGUGGUUGAGCUUCAUUCAUGGAUCCCGGAUGGGCAACCGCCUGUGUGGAAUUUCGUUGCCACAAGGCCAUACCGGGGCAACGGGAUUCUGUGCGCCGCGAUGGGUUGCUGAGUUGGUCAACUAAAUAAACCUUGGAUACACGCAAGAUAUGAUGCUGGCUGUGCCUCAUUCUGAAUUUCUGAAUUUCCUGGGAGCGCUCCGCUGAUGAUACAAAAAAGACAAGACAUGAAUGAGUUCCGGAGAAAGUGGCUUCAGAAACAUCAAGAGUUUUAGUCACUAGCUGUUAUUUCCAGUUGCAAUUUGUGUUCCAAUAAUGUUUUAACGCUUCCUACGGGCGUUUUGAUGAUCUUGAUCUCCAUCAUCCAACUUUAUCUUUACAGUACAACAGAACUCUCAGUUACUUUUCGAACAUCGAAUGCAGUCUCUAGCUUUCCCUCUAUUUUUGUUCAAGAUUUUUCGAACUCGGAAUAAAAAACAAUCUGGACUCUUCGUUAUUCA